AUGUUGAAGGAAAUACCGCGGGUGCGGAGCAGCUCUCGGGAGCUGGGGGCCAGCCUGCUGCAAGCAGUCUUUGCUGGUGCCCCUUCGCCCUCCCUCCGGGUAGCCCCGCGCUGGGGCGUCAGCGAGGAUCUGCGUUGUGGUGUUGGGCUGGUGUACACCAAAUGGGACUGGUUCUCAGUGUGGUCUCUGGUGCCCCCGAGUUCCUGGCUUCUGCGCAGACAAGCCCUGAGCCACGGGGGCCGCUGCAAGGCCCCCGCCAGCAGCCUGGAGGAGGCCUUGGAUGCUGACCGAGCGGUGCUACAGAAGAUGAGGAAAGCAGCCAAGGCGGAACACAGCUGUGGACAAGAGCUCAUCAGCCACCUCGAAGCCCACAUUGCUGCUCAGGAGAAGUUCUCAGCCAACUACCAGCUGGAGGGUGAGGAGCAGCUGGCCAGCGCCUUUAGCACCUUUGCUGCCUUCUCCCGGGAGCUGCUGACUGCUCUCCAGAGCCUGUGGCAGAGUUUGUACCACAACAUUAACUUUUCCCUGGAGUCAUUAAUAAAGGGUGACAUGAAAGAGCUCAAAGGGGAGUUCAAGAAGCCCUUUGAGAAGGCCUGCAAAGACUACGAGAACAAACUCGCCAAGAUCGAGAAGGAGAAGCGUGAGCUGGCGAAGCAGCACGGCAUGGUGCGGAGCGAGGUGAGCGGGGGGGAGAUUGCCGAGGAGAUGGAGAAGGAGCGCAGGACCUUCCAGUUGAACAUGUGUGAGUACCUAAUCAAAGUGAACGAGAUCAAAACCAAGAAAGGGAUUGACCUGCUGCAAAACCACAUCAAGCACUGCAGCUCACAGUUCAGUUUUUUCCAGGAAUGUUUAAACACAACGGGAAAACUUAAGCAGUUUACAGAGAAGCUCGUCCCAGAGCUGCAGAGUAUGAAGAUCAGGCAGGACGAGGAGAAGAAGCAGCUCUGCGCCCUUCGGGAUCAGCUGAAAGCAGCAUUGCAGCUGGAGCAAAAAGAGGAGCCUGGGAACAAGCAGGCAGGGUACAACAUGCACCAGCUGCACGGGAACAAGCAGUACGGCACAGAGAAGUCGGGCACUCUCUACAAGAAAAGCGAUGGUUUGAGAAAAGUCUGGCAGAAGAGGAAAUGCACCAUCAGCAAUGGCUACCUGACCAUCUCCCACAGCAUGCUCAACCGCCCGCCAGCCAAGCUGAAUUUACUGACCUGCCAGGUGAAGCCGAGCACGGAUGACAAGAAAUGCUUCGAUCUGGUUUCCCACAACCGCACGUACCGGUUCCUGGCAGAGGACGAGCAGGACUGUGCCACCUGGGUGUCCGUCCUCAGCAACAGCAAGGAGGAGGCGCUGAACGUGGCCUUCAGCAAGGCGCAGAGCGCUGGGGAGAGCAGCUGGGACGAGCUGGCCCGCGCCGUGGUGGCGGAGGUCAGAGGCAUCCCUGGGAACAGGGAGUGCUGCGACUGCUCGGGCCCAGAUCCCACCUGGCUGUCCGUUAACCUGGGCGUUCUGAUCUGCAUCGAGUGCUCUGGAAUUCACCGGGAGAUGGGUGUGCAUCUGUCCCGCAUCCAGUCGCUGGCCCUGGACAAGCUGGCGACCUCCGAAUUGCUGCUGGCGAGGAAUAUCGGCAACUCUGGCUUCAAUGACAUCAUGGAAGCGAAUCUCCCCAGCUUCUCCCUGAAGCCCACAGUGCACAGUGACAUGGCCUUUCGGAAAAAUUUCAUCAUCUCCAAGUAUAUCGAGAAGAAAUAUGCCAAGAGGAGCGCUGCUGCUCGGUGUCCUGGCCUCCCAGAAGCCGUCAAGGACAAGGACAUAUUUUCUUUGCUCCAAGCGUACGCAGAGAACGUGGAUUUGAGCGAGCCGGUGCUGGCACCUCUGCAGGAACCUGGGGAGACCAUUCUCCACCUCGCAGUGUUGCUGUCUGAUCGAACCUCUUUGCAUAUCGUUGAUUUUCUUGUCCAGAACAGCGGGAGCCUGGCGAAGCGGACGGCGCGGGGGAACACGCCGCUACACUACUGCUGCUCCCACAACAAACCCGAGUGCGUCAAACUGCUGCUGAAGGCCAAAGCCAACAUCACCAUCACUAACGAAGCGGGAGACACGGCCCUGGAUGUUGCCAGGAGGAUGAGACAUCCCCUGUGUGAGGAGCUGCUGCUGCAGGCCCAGAGCGAUCAGUUCAGCCCCCAUGUCCACGUGGAGUGCGAGUGGUGGCUGGGCCAAGAGGACAUGUACGAGAGUGACGAAGACCUAGAUGAGAAGGGGACACAUCUGCCCUUCCUUACCAGCUCAUCCGUCUUUGAUGAGGACACAAGGAGCAGGAGGAGCCCACCCUCGCCUCUGAGCAUCAAGCACAAGCGCACGUCCUCGGAGCCGGUGCCUUGGGUACCGCUCAGCCCUGAGCAGCGCAGCCCGGCCGCAGGUGCCCUGAAAGCCACAGACCCCCUCUGCGCUCCUGGCACCAGCAAAGUGGGACAGCCUGGCCCACACGGACCCCUCCAGGAGCCAGAUCCAUGCUCUGGCCAUGCCUGGGAUGUCCCACCUCUUCUUCCUCGGAGGAGCAGUUUGAACAGACUGCUGCUCCGCAGGGUCCGCGCGCUCUACGACUGCCAGGCUGACCGGGAGGAUGAGCUGACUUUCCGCACAGGCGAGAUCAUUGUGGUGUCUGAAAAGGAGGACAGCAACUGGUGGAAAGGGUGGAUUGAAGGACAGCCCCACAGGCAAGGUGUCUUCCCCGCUUCAUUUGUUCACGUGCUCAACGAGUAG